GACAAAAAUAUGCCUGUCCAACGUGGUGGCACGCUAGCAUCGAAUGUAAUUUUCCAUAUUUUGUCAACUCUCAAACGUACAUCGCACUCCUCUCUCCAUCCCACUUUGCCAUUCUUAAUCCCUUAGGGUUUUUCAUCUCGUUGAUUCAUCACACAUGGACGGAAUGAGACUGUUGCCGGAGGAUUCCGACGUCUCGCAGCUCCGACCAUCGGCAGCAACCGACCUGAUUUCCGACGACGACCGCUCUGUGGCGGCCGAUUCGUGGUCCAUAAAGAGCGAAUACGGUAGUACUCUAGAUGAUGAGCAGCGCCACGCUGAUGCUACUGAAGCUCUCAAUUAUCGAGCCGAAUACAGUUCUGACAAGGAUGAGCAGGAUGGUGAAGGAGUUUCUUCAAUGCUUGGUUUCCAAAGCUAUUGGGAUGCUGCUUAUGCCGAUGAAUUGGCGAACUUUCGUGAGCAUGGUCAUACUGGCGAAGUUUGGUAUGGAUUAUCUAGACGACUGCUUGCAAUCUUUUCCCUUUUCAUUGAUCCACUUAGGUUUGGUGGUGAUGUCAUGGAAAAUGUUGUCUCCUGGACCAAAGGUUUGUGCAUGGACAUUUCCAAGGGUCAUUUGCCAAAUCAUGUAGCUGAUGCUGAUUCUGAGCCUGUUGGGCAGCACGAGAAGGAAAUGUCAGGUUGGAGCGUGCUUGAUAUUGGGACUGGCAAUGGUCUGCUUCUCCAAGAGCUUGCUAAACAAGGGUGGGCGAGAGGACCAAAAGAUCAUUCCUUGUUAAUACUCAUUAACUAUGGCGUUAGGUUCUCUGAUCUCACUGGAACCGACUAUAGUGAAGGAGCAGUUGACCUUGCAAGAAGCCUUGCUGAUCGUGAUGGUUUUGCCAGUCUCAAGUUCUUGGUUGAUGACAUUCUUGAGACAAAAUUGGAUAAAAGGUUUCUGCUAGUUAUGGAUAAGGGCACCUUAGAUGCCAUUGGAUUGCAUCCUGACAGUCCUAUCAAAAGGCUUAUGUACUGGGACUCUGUCUCAAGGCUUGUCGCUCCUGGUGGAUUAUUGGUAAUUACAUCAUGUAACAGUACAAAAGAUGAACUGGUAGAAGAAGUGGAUACACUCAAUCGAAGGCGGCAUGCUGCUUGUCAAGCACCAGGAGCAGCUGGAGGCCAAGAAGCUUCAGUAGAUCCUCCUCCUUUCCGCUACCUUGAUCACAUCCGCACAUAUCCUACAUUUACAUUUGGAGGAUCAGUAGGCUCGCGCGUGGCAACUGUAGCAUUCCUGAGGAACUGAACUAUUACUUUCUCGUCAUUUUUGGGUGCAUUAUGCACUUUUUUUGUUCCAAAAGUUAUUGUGUGACGUCGUGCAACGGAUGAGGUUUCUCUUUGGGAAGACAAUUUCUGAAUUAUGCAAGGUGAAGAUUAAUUGAUCUA